AUGGAUUCUAUUGAUUUCGGAAUUAACUCAAAAAUUUACAUGCAAAACUCUGAUGGGAAAUUUUGGGAAAUUAGAAAUGAAAAUCAAACAAAUCAUAUUAGAACUGGAAAAAUAUCAGGUGGAAAAGAGGAAGAUAUAGAAACAUCAUGAAAACGAUUUAAUUCAAUAGAUAAAGCAUUGCUAAAAGGUAAAGAUAUGAUAACUUCAAAAAGAUCGAAAGGAUAUGCAUUCAAGCAAGCCCCAGAAAUUGCUGUGGUUGAUGAAUUUCUUGGUGAUUACUUAAUCUUUUUAAAAGAAAUUCAAAAAUAUUGAUAAAUAGUUUUCUUUUUUUUUUUUUUACGCAUAAAAAGGUUAGAAAAAGGACCUGAGUUUAUAAAAAUCCAAGUGCACGAAGAAAGAGUAAAAACUGAAAAAGGGUCAAGAGCCGGCCCACCUGAAACUUCAAUUUACACUUAUAAAGACCACCAAACUGCUCUUGCUAAAGCAAAAGAAAUGAUUAGAAAAAUGCUUGCAACUGGGUACAAGAGAAACUCUCCAAAGUUUACCUUUGAUUUCAACAAAAGCGAUUUAAUUAAAACCAUGUCUAUCUGCUCAGAGGAAGGCAAUAAAAAAGAAGGAGGAUUUUUAAGCGAAUUAGAUAAGCAAUGCACACUAGAAAUCAGUGAAGAUGAAGAAGAAACCCAUAGCCUUGACGCUCCUAAAUCGCAGCCUGGCUUUUUACGUAGAAGUGGAGCAGUAGAAAUAGACGAUCAUGCCUUUCCUGUCUCACAAGCCCUUCUUUUAUCUUCUAUGCAUCAGCAUCAAAUAGUAGAAGACGAAGAAAACGGUGUUUUAACCAGUUUUAUCUUUGAAAAACCUGAUAUAAAAGACGAAGACCUCAAUACAAGUCAGCAUACCGAGGUGUUAGCAGAAACUGAAGAAGAAAUUUUAGAAAAAACUGACGAGGAAAAUGAAAUGGACUUAAAUCAGACACAAAUGUUAGAAAAUCUCCCAGUGAAAAGGAGCAGAGAAAAAAUUAACCCCUAUACAACCAUACAAAGCAUGAUGGAUUCUAUUAAUUUAGGAAGGUAUGUGCUGAAUUUUGAAACAAGAGGGAUUCAUCCUGAUCAAGUUUUGACGAUGAACGAGAAUGAUCUCCAAGAAUUAGGAAUUCCUAAAAAAAUACGUCAAAAAAUCCUUGGGAGUAUUCAAAAUGGUGAGUGAGUCCCAGCGCUUACAGGAAGUGCUAUUCUGCCAUAUGAUGAAGAAGAAAAAGUAAAACAGAGAAAAAUCGAAGGAAACGACCUUAUAAGAAUAGAUCCAAGAUAUGUAAUAGAAAGAGGAAAAGGAAAGCCUGCAGAUAAAAUUCAAGUUUUAUUAGCCCAAACCUGGGAUGAUAGUAUAGAUCCAACAGGCUGAAUUAUGAGUGAAAAACUAGAUGGUGUUAGAUGCUAUUGGAAUGGUAGCCGUCUUCAGUCAAGAAACGGAAACCCAUUUUUUGCACCCAAGUUUUUUAUUGAAAAAUUACCAAAAACUGUCAGCUUAGAUGGAGAGCUGUGAAUGGGCCGAAAGCAGUUUUCAGAAUGUGUCGGAAUAAUUAAAAGGCAAGAUGCUCAAAAAUAUGAUAUGAAUGAGUGGGCAAAAAUUGUAUAUGUCCUGUUUGAUGCCCCAUCUUUAAAAGCACCAUUCGAAGACAGAUUGAACUAUCUUCACAACUUAGCUGCGAAAUUGCAAUCACCAUAUGUGAGAGCACAUGAGCAUUAUAGGUGUGAAAGCAAAGAACAUAUGGAAAGAGAGCUACAACGAGUCCAAGACCUUGGAGGUGAAGGUUUAAUGCUCAGAAAACCUGGUAGCAUGUAUGAGCAUAGAAGAUCUGAUACACUACUCAAAGUAAAAACAUUUUUUGAUGCAGAAGCCACUGUUACAGGCCAUCAAAAAGGCACAGGAAGACUGGCUAAUCUUAUGGGAGCCUUAGAAGUUGUAGGAGACAAUGGGGUAAAUUUCAAAAUCGGAUCAGGGUUUACUGAUGAACAAAGAAGAAGGCCUCCAAAAAUCGGAUCAAGAGUUACUUAUAAAUACCAAGAAGUCAGCAAUAAAGGAAAGCCAAGAUUCCCUAUAUUUUUAAGAGUGCAUCCAGGAUUCUAA